CUCAGACAAAUUCAACCAAUUAUGCGUUACCACCUGCAAAUAUUACCGGAAUACCGCAGGAUCCAAGUAAUAAUACAUAUCCUAACCCAGAGUACGCGAGGCUAGUAGCUUACUCUUUAUAUUUUUACGAAGCACAAAGAAGCGGAAAAUUACCUACAGACAACAGGGUACCAUGGAGACAUGAUUCAGCGUUAAACGAUGGUCAAGACGCUGGUCUUGAUUUAACAGGA